UCUGCAGCAGAGAAGAAAAACACCCAGAAGCGUCCUGUCAUCACACAGAGAGUCAGCAGUCAUGGACCUCAGCCCGUUUGAAGCAGACAACUCUGUGAGCUGUCGGCUGGCCUCUGUGAUCCCUGACGCCUGCAGGACUGAGGACUGUUGCCUGGGCAUCGAUGAGGCGGGCAGGGGACCUGUGCUGGGGCCCAUGGUUUACGGAAUAUGUUUCUGUCCGGUUUCCAAAAAGGAGGAGCUAAAAGCCUUGAAGGUGGCAGAUUCAAAGACUUUAACAGAGGCAGAGAGAGAGAAACUAUUCCAAAAUCUGGAUGAAGCCAAAAGUUAUGUUGGAUGGGCGGUAAACAUUCUCUCACCCAACGUCAUCUCUACCUGCAUGUUACAGAGAACAAAAUACAACCUGAACACCCUUUCACACGAUACAGCGAUUGGUUUGGUUCAGUAUGCGUUGGACAACGGAGUACAGCUCAAAGAGGUAUUUGUGGACACAGUUGGCCCAGCAGAGAAGUACGAGGCAAAGCUCUCCCAGCUGUUCCCGGGCAUUGAGGUGACAGUGAGGCCAAAGGCUGACUCCCUCUUUCCCAUCGUCAGUGCAGCCAGUAUCUGUGCGAAGGUGGCCAGAGACCGCGUUGUAAAGGGCUGGAACUUUGCUGAGGACCUGGGUGAUGUGGAUGCAGACUACGGCUCAGGAUACCCGGGUGACCCAAAGACCAAAGCAUGGCUGCUGAAGUACCUGGACCCUGUGUUUGGUUACCCUCAGUUUGUCCGCUUUAGCUGGAGCACCGCCCAAACCUUGUUGGACAGCAAGGCUGUGACUGUGCACUGGGAUGACGAGGAGGAGGAUGGAGAGAAGGCGGCACAGCGGAAGAACAACAGGUCCAUGUUGUCCUACUUCAAUGCAUCAGCUGGAGGUAACAGUCAAACUCCAACCCACCAGACACAUCGCUUCUUCACUGAGCGCAGGCUGAAGAGCCUCGACACACUCUGAGGAGAGCACAUUGGAGGACAUGCACACACAUACAGUCAAUCAUAACCACACAGAUAUUCAUAUUCAUGAAGCCAAACAGCUGAGUCUUGGGCUCAGAUGUGGAUGGACUUUGAUGAACCAAUGCAAACCUGAGUGAAGAUCUCUU